UCUAUUGUUCCGCAGGGCUUUGGAAACUUCGGACUUCCCUGGAUAUGCAUCGCUUGAUUCUGAUUGGAUUCCUCGCCGGAGCUGUCAUCGCUGCCGAGCCGAACGCAGCUCGAGAAUGGUUUCUCAUGGUUGCGAAAGAACAAGGAAUGUCCGAUAGGGGAGCAGAGGGGCUGUUGAAGAUCAUCGAACAAAUUGACACCGAGGGUUUCUCGGCAGAUAAUAUGCCCUCGGUCCCGGAAGUGGAUGCUCUAGUCGCCAAGCUCCGCCCUCAAAUCGUGGAGAAAGCGACGGCGAUGAUGUGUAAGAAGGACGGUCCCAGGGUUCCAGCGGUGCUGGAUAUUAUGCAUCAGAGAGCGGUGGAAUACAUGGAGAGUCAAAAGACAAAAUAAAAAUGUCUUCAACGGAUUCCGAUUUCUUCACGAAA